AAUCGGAUGGUCAGUUCAUAUUGUAUGUCUCUAGUGACGCGCAUUCCUUUAGCGAAUAUAAGCACUGAAGUGAAACUGUUUUUCAGAGGCAACAUGAAGGGGUUCUUGAACACCACUGAACACAACCAGCCCUCUUUGCUUAGCUGUAGAAGGGCCAUCUGUUCCCCGCGGCGGUGAGGCGGCCGUUAUACCUUUAAACCGACUUUACCUUUACCGUCUAUUUUUCGAGAGAUGGGGCGGAGUAGCAACUCGUAUUGGAACUCUUUUCAGUGAAAGUUACCGUGUUGCAGAUUUGAUGGUUUAUAACUGAAAACCGAUAGCUAUUUAUUUCUGGUCAAGAUGUUGACGGGAUCUAAGACAACAUUUAAAGUAAAACAAAUGCCAGACCUAAAGGAAAGGAUAAUGAACCAGAGUGCUCUUCACACCAGAGGGAGAGACAUGUUUGGAUUAUGCUGUUUACCAGGGGAGUGUGUGCUUCAGAGAGCCAUUUUGGUGAGGAAGAAGCUCUCCCCUAAAGAAGGAGGUGGCUGGCUGUCGGGCACUCUGUUCUGCACCCACUUCAGAGUGGCCUUCGUGCCACAGGACGCCACCAAACCAGAUGACAAUGCUGAUCCAGUGCUGCUGGGAGACCAUGAUGUUGCUCUGGCCUCCAUUGAGAAGGUUGUUGCUGUGGGACCAUCGCGAACCAAACUGGUGACUGCCAACUCCUCGCUGAAGUUCACCCCAGAGAAACUGGUGCUGUACUGCAGAGACCUGCGCAUCCUCUGUUUCCUGUUUGACAGACUCACUCCUGAUACCCAGGCUGUGGAGAUCACACACACCAUUGCCAAGACAUACCAGCCACUGAAACCUGGAACCAUCCUCUCUUUCCAGAACGCUGCUUUGGGAAGUAUCGAAAUGAAGCAGUUCUUGAGCAACCGGCAGCGUGACCCCAGCAUGGCCUGGUUUGAGAGCCCAGCAGACUGGGAGCAGGAGCUGGAGAGGACAGGGGCCACAGGCUGGAGGGUCAGCUCUGUCAACGAUCGCUUUGAAAUGUCCACCAGCCUGUCCAGGUUUAACGUGGUUCCUCAGAAGGUUCUUGACAUGGAGCUGAAGAGAACGUUUGCCCAUUUCAGCGAGGGGCGCAUUCCCCGCUGGUGCUGGCGACAUCGCUGUGGCUGUGACCUACUGCGGACAGCCAGCUUCCAGAACAACAUCUACCAUGAGAAGGACGACAUCCGGAACUUGGAGCUUAUCCUCUUUGGUGGCCAUGCGGAGUGUGUGGUGGUGGACCUGGGCGAGGAGAUGCCUUCACUGGUGGAUGUGCAGCUGGCACACGUGCGACUUCGUGCCCUGUGCCUUGGAGACAUUUCAUCAUCUGUGUCCAUACCAGAUGACAAGUGGCUUUCCUCUCUGGAGGGCACCCACUGGCUGGACUAUGCCAGGUGUUGUCUUAGAAAAGCUGCAGAAGUAGCCUGCUUGCUGAAAAGAGGUCAUCUGACAAUUGUACUGCAAGAGCCAGAAGACCGGGACUGGAACUGUGUGGUGGCCAGCCUGGUACAGGUGAUGUGUGACCCCCACUGUCGCACAGUGGCAGGCUUUCAGGGCCUGGUGCAGAAGGAGUGGGUCACAGCAGGUCACCGAUUCCUCAGCCGGAUCAACUACCACAGAGAUAGCGACAAAGAGGAGGCACCCAUCUUCCUGCUCUUUCUGGACUGCGUGUGGCAGCUGUGGGCCCAGUUCCCUGCCUGCUUCCAGCUGAGCGAGGAAUACCUGCUGGGCCUGCAUGACAGCCUGCUCCUGCCCCUCUACAGCACCUUCCUGGCCAACUGCCAGAGAGAGCGGAGUCGCCGCUCGCAGCACCUGCCCCCGAGCUACACCCCAGUGAACGGGCUGAAGGCGCUGGCCAGAGCUCCGGCCGAGGAGCCCACGGACACCCCGUACCCUCCAGUGUGGGACUGGACCCUGCAAUACAGCAGCCAGAGACGUGCGCUCUUCACCCAACCUGUGGGGCAGCCUGCGUCCCCUCCGGUCGUCCUCAACGGCAACCUCAACACCAGCCCGGAACCUGAGUGGCACAGCGACGGAUCUCCAGGCUCCGUCUUCCUGCUGUCACGCAGCGCCUUCUCCUGCCCCGCAAGCCUGCUGCCGUGGCGGAGCAGCGGAGGCCCGGGCUCCUACUGGAAGAGUCACCGCAGGGCACCAUCCUCCGAGAGCCUGCCCGCCUUGGAGCGCCUGGUGAAGGCCUGCUACCGGGCCGAACCCUCCCCCGGUGCAGCGGCCUCCCGUGACCCCCACGAGACCUUGCUGCCCCUACUCCUGGGGCCCUGCGUCUGUGUGUGGAGGACCUGCUACCUGCGAGGGGUGCUGCAUGCGCAGGCUUUCACAUAUCCAAUGUCUUCCAACACACGCCACCCCAUGGAUCAGCUGGCCUGGGAGGUGGAACGUCUCCGUGAACGCCUGGCCGAGGCCUCCGGCGGGCACCCUCCCUCGCGCCGGCAACAGGAGCCUCGCCGCCUCGACUCCAACCUCAACAGGAAUGCCAACAAUGGGACCUUCCUCUUCUCUUCCUCGUCCUCGUCCUCCUCCUCCUCGUCUUCGUCGUCGUCGUCAUCUUCCUCCUCCUCACCCAGGACCUCUCAACAGGAGAACCCUGGGCACUUUUCGGGGCACCCCUGCGUGGCUCCGCGCUCCACCUCGAGGGACGGGACCAAGCACACGUUCCUGUUCGGCCGGCCGCCUCAGACGCAAGCCGGUCAUCGCUACACCACCACCCCAAGUGCCAAACUGCCCCGCAGCAGCACCUCCACGGGGGCCAAGCAUCACUGACCUCUAGGUACGAUCGAGUAAGCAGGAAAUAAAUGCAGUGCACUCAUGACUCAAUUAACAGUUAAACCUGCCGGACCAACCUGGACCAGUCAUUAAUGAUAUAUCUACUUAUUAUCCUGCUAAUUAUCCUACUAGCUGUUCAAGGCUUAAUAUGUAGCACUUUCUUAUUUGCCACCCAUCUCAGCGUUUUUUUAAGGUACCGAUUUCCUUAAGAUGUAUUUUCAUGUAAGGUAUGCAUUACAAUUCAAGGAUAUUGAAGGUGAUUGAGGGGAAAAAAAAGCACAGCAUUCCUUGACUAUUUUUUAAAAAAUGCUUGAAAGUUACUUGUCUGUAUAUAGUAGUGUUGUAGGAAACUGUAGACAUAUAAUUUUUCAAAUAUUCUAAGCUCCUCUUCAAAAUGUGUUUCACCGUAAUGGAGACAUGGCCAGAAUAAAUAAAUAAAUAAAUAUUAUAUAAUAUAAUAUAUAAUAUAUAUAUGUGACAGCUGUAUGACUUGUCUAGGCCCUACCAUAAGUCAUGCCAAAUAUUCAUUUAGUCAUUUCUUUUUAGAAUGGGAAUAGAAGCACUUGAUUUGAGUAGCUUAAGAAUUUUGGUAAAUCAAGCAGUUGCUGAUAUCCUAUAAAAAUGUGCUCUAAUUAAAGCAUGUAAAUGGUGAUAGUCUAUUACAACUGUCAAUUUGAAAAAGCUUUCCCUCAUCACCACUAGGAGGAGACAUUUUUAAGGGACCCAUGAGACAUUGGGUGUUAAACUGCCUAUUAUAAUACAGUAUCUAUGCCUUUGGAGGUUGUCUAUUAGACAGGGGCACAACUGUAGUUGUAUAUAUUGUUCUUAUCAAUUUUAUGUCCAAUAUUAACAAAUGAAAAUAGAUUACCAUAAUAAGAAUGAACAAACACAUUUUGCAUCAUGUAAAUUAUUUAUAACUUUCUUGCCUCUGCCUUUUCAGUGGAUAUGUAAGUAUUAUUUGUUAGUGUAUCAUUUACGGUAAAUAGUGUAAUUUGUACAAAUGUGAGAGUAAAUCAUUUGAUGAGGUAUAUAAGAACUGGAUAAUGGUAGACUGUCCAUUGUUAGGACUCACAUAUUUAAAGAAAUGUUUCUGUUGUUUUUUUUAUGUUCAUGUCACUGGUAAAGUUGACUGCUCAGUGGGGAGUGUUAUCAUUCAUAGUCUGUAUCUAAAUAAAAACGGUCACAAGGUUUCCUCAGGACAGUGAUGACAUCGAGUGGCCCGAAGGCUCCCACUACCCUUUUAAAUGGAGAAAUAUCAGUCAUAGAAAAUAACAAACAUCUUUUUCAUAUGAUGUCAGGUUACCAAUCUGGUUGUGUUUUUCUAAGAUUUAAUGGCAAUAUGAUAACUAAUCAACAGAUUGUGUUGUGUUGUUUGAGUUUAAGAAGAAAUGGUACUGGUGAUGACUAAGGGUACAUGCUCAUUUGCUCACAUUAUUCCGCUGACAUGUGUGACAUACUAGUUUAUAAAGCAGAGUCCUUCAGAUGUCAGAGUGUUGUAUAAAAGUGCACUUGAAGUAGGUGGCAGUCGUUUUUCUUCCAUGGCUGAACGGCGGGUCGAAAGCUCCUGACUCCUACGGAUUGAGCAGAAGACUUCACUGUUGAUGCCUGAACCCAAGCUUACACAAGCGCCACUUCCGCUCGAGGAAAUAACUCUACCCUUGGCCUUGCUAAUCGAUCUUCCGCUGUCACCCUUCAGUGCGUGACUGAAUGAGGCAUUGCCAUCGUAUUGUGCUGUCUUCACGUCCAGCAGCCUGUUUAUUUGUUCACAGAGGUACUGGAAAUGGACCUCAUUUCCCUUCUUUGUUUUUAUCCUCUCUCUGAUUUGUAUCAGUGUACAUUGGCUUGAUAUAGAUUAAUAAAUCUAAACUUCAGUUACUACAAAUGUUGUUUUUGUGCCUAAGCUCUAAAUGCCCUGAUAUUUCAUACAUGCAAAAAUAUAACACACUGGGCUUGUCAAUGUUCUACAGAUUUUAUAUCUUAUGAAAAUAAAUAUUUACAACAAAGUUACUUCACAAGAAGCAUAACAUACUUCAUAUCCACAUAAUUCAAUUUUACUUGAACACAAUUGUUUUUUAAUCCACUGCACUGGAUACAAAAAUGUACAAAAAUAAUGAAUG